AUGAUUCUUGCUGACUUCUAUGAGAAAUCAAUUAUCUUCAAUGACAACGAAUAUAUCUUAAUGGGCAAGUGUGCUAUAAAACAUCAGAAAUAUGUUAGAUGCGAGAUAACCUUGGAUUUUGAAUUAGACGGUGCUUUUAAACAGAUCUAUAAACCUAUAUAUUCUCAUGUGAUGGACAAGUGGGGCGUUUCACCUGAUGUACAGCCUCACUAUCAUGUAUACUAUGUAGACAAUACAACCCAUCUAUCCAGAAUUCUGUGUAUGCCCAUAUACAAAAAAGAUGGCAGUAACGAUGAGCACUAUUUACAUACAGUUAGUGGCAUAGUAGAAUAUAUAAAAAAGCUGCAUGGAAUAGAGGAGGAGUCUGAUAGUAUACAUCCUUUCAAAGUAAGAAAAAAAACCAGAGAGUGGUCGUGCAUUGGAGAGGAAGAAAGAAGUAAAACAGUAAAAGAUUUAGAAGAGUACGAAGUGGUGUUCUAUCGCAUUGAUGAAGACUUAAGAAAAACAAAGCUCACAUUUGCAGAAUUCAUGCCUUUAAAGGAAGACAAUAAUAAAACUAUUCGCAUUCCGCUGUUUCUCACGCAGUUAAUGCAGUCAGCAGUAGAACUAGGGCCUUUUAUCAAAGAAGGAGAGCACACUGAGGUAAAUAUGGAAAUAAAAUUUGGUGAUAUAGCCCUCAACUUGUAUGAAUAUAAUCCCAAAUACACUGGAAAAAAGUAUUCAUGCCUACAUAAAUACUACAGCAAUCUAUACAUACUGCCAGAAGGAGAAAAAAGAGAAAGUCUUGGGUGCUAUAUCAUGGACUAUCAAGUGAUCAAAGAAGGUGAUAUUCUUAAGGCUGUAUGGUGUGUGAAUAUGCCAACAGGUGCAGAUGUGUAUACACACUGCAUGCCAGAUGAAAAGUUCAAGAAAAAAGAAAAUUUAGAAAAGUUUAAUAGUUUUAUUGCUGCAUUGGAGUCAAGAGAGUAUAACAGAGAUAGCAAGCUACAAGGCAUUUGGCUGAAAAAUAGCGAUGUAGCAGAUAGUGAUUUAGAGAGAAAGAAAGAUAAAAUAUAUACAUGGCUCGUGAAAGACCAAGAGAAUAAAUAUUAUAGAGAAAAGGAGAAUUUAGAAACGGUUAAGAAAAAGGUGCAGAGAGCAGAAGAAGCGUUUAUAAAAGUAAAGGAAAGGCUUAGAAAAGCAAAUAAAAGCAUAGAAGAAUCUGAGGAGUCAAACAACAAAAAUGAAAAAAGAAAGAUGAAAAAAGAAAAGAAUGCAGCAGCUACUGCAAAAACCAGAGCAAAAGCAAAUCUAGAAGAGCUGCAUAAAAAACUGCGCAAAUUCAUGUCUAAAAAGCCUGAUCAGAAGACAGAACUUGUGGUGUUCCGUAAUAUAAACAGUAGCAAGUCCAAUUUAGGCGCACACAAUGAGAUUCUUGAUGUUUUAAUCUCUUACUAUAACUGA